AGCGGCCUCUCACCCCGGGCCCAAACAAAGGUGCGGCGGUGCUGGCAGCGUGCGGGGCUCCCGAGGACGGCCCUGCACCUCGCAGAGCUCACGGGCAGGGCAGGGCAGGGACGGGCCCGGCCCCGCUGCCAGUGAGGUUCUGGUGCCGGGGAACUGGUGCCCGCGUGUGGCUGAGCUCCGGGAAGGAGCAGAGGAUGGGAUGUUUGGCACCGAGCUCUUUCUCACGCCUCCCUUUGGAAGUGGCUCCGGGGAUUCUCUGCUGUGCAGCAGCUCUGGCUCUUUCACAGAUCCCCUCUGAGUUGCUCCUCUAGGUGCUUUCCCGCAGCUCCUGAGGGGAGACCACUCUGUGCAUGGAGGCUACAAAAGGAGUGGCUCUCAAGCAAGCAGAACUGUAGCACAGCUGAGGGAUGGAGAGCAGCUUUGCAUCCAGGGGAUCCGUUCCUCUGGCUGAUGUGACCCUGGCUUGGAAGAGUCUUCAGAAAGCCAAAGCAGUGGUACGUGUGCUCCGGCUGUCAUGUGUUUUGCUGUCUGCCACAUCCCUGUGCACCCCCUCUGCAGGAUUCUCUCAGAGUGUAAUUGAAAGCCAUCUACAAGGGAUUGAAAACAAAUUUUGUCGUCAAACGCGGAGCCGUGCCAACCCGCAGGCAGCCAGGGGAGAGCUUUGGAACGGAGAAAGCUGCGAUGGAAAGAGAAGCAGAGAUGAGACAGCUCUGAAGGAGAAAAACCGCAGUGAGGUUCCCGUGUCCUGCAGAAAGAGGAACUGUGCUGCCCUGUCCCCUGCUGGGUCCCACCCCCGCUUCCGUGGCAGCUGUGCUGCCAGCCCCGGCCCACCCAUGGCCCCGCUGGCCCCCAGGGGACACCCACCCACAGCACCAGCCGGGAUGGGGGCUGCCGAUGGGACACAGCCCCCUGCACUGAGCCUGAGGGAGGAUUUUGGAGAGUGGGUAGAUUCAGGAGGUCACACGGUACAAAAGGGAAAACAUCCCUGCUCCCCGCAUCACACACCUUGCCCCUUGGCAGGGAGCAGCCCGUUCUCAGCCCCCGUGCCCGUGGCUGUCCUGCUCCCUGUGUGCUACCCUUCAUCGGCCAGCAGCCCCAGUGACCAAAAGCUGGACGGGCUGCCGAGAAAGUCACCCUGGAAGAAGUUAGAGCAGCUCAAGAAGAAAAUCCAGGAGCAGAAGAAGCAAAACCAGCAAGCUGCUUCUCAGGGGCAGAAGUGCCUGACUGCAUCCUGUGCUCGAGAGCCACUGCAGGACAGACCCCUGAAGAGAAAAGUGUGCAGAUUGCCUGCCCCUCCUGCUCCACGUCCCACAGACCAAAGAAAGAGUAGCUCAGCACGGGGGACUCAAACACAGAGCCAGAGGCAGCCCUCACCCAAGUCCUCUUCUCUGGAGAGAGCAGCAGCGGGUGAAGGUGCAAAGCUCCCCGGCGCUUCUGCAUGGAGGGAAGGUCAGAAGUUAGCUAGGAAGAUCCUCGGUCCUCCACCUGCAUUUCCAAAGCUGGGGAGCAGAGCUGAAGAGCAGAGCACUGGAAACGCCUAUGAGCCCGGCAUUGCGACGCCAGCAAUGGAGAACAGCUCCAGAGAGAAGAGAAAGGAACCUGUGGGGAAAAGGCCCGAAUUGCAAAGCUGCGCAGUUCCCCACCAUGGCCCUGCUGGAAGGAGCAGCAGUGCACCAACCAAAGGUGCAAAACAAAUACUCAGGAGCCUGCAUUUGCAAAGGCAGUGCCACGAUGGCCGCAGGCAGAGCAGGAUCCCAGGAGAUACCGCAAAGGGAAAGGUUUUGCAGCAAUACCAGCCACCUUCAGCUGGACCUCAGGACACGGCUCCCUCCACCUUUAGUGCAGGAAAGAUAAGGGCUGCAUUAAUUACAGCAGGAGCCAAACCCUGCAGCUCCGGAAGAAUCCACAGAGGGAAAAGCACAUCUCCUCGGGGGUGGAUGCCUGUGUGGAAGGGGUCUGAGAAAGAAAACCUGAAACACCUUCCAAAGAGGAGGACAAACAUUAAAAAACCUCACCCCUACAGCCGUGACGUUGUUCAGGAGUUUAUGUGUCGGAAGAAUGAAGAGAGAAAGAGAAGGAAGCUGGAAGAGAAAAAGGCUUUGAUGCAGGCGGUGGAAAUGAGAAACAAGAGGCUGCAAGAAGUAUACAGGAAACAGAGAGAAGCUCUUGGAAAGAAGACGUGCUCUGAGCAGACGUGCAAGCUCAUCGGGGGAGCAGCUGCUGCCAAAGGAAGCCCUCAGCGCACACUCGAGCAAGAGCAAACCAGUGGUGGAACCCCGGAGCGCAGCAUCAUGGCCUGGGUGGAAAAAGCAUCCCGUGCUCCACUACAUCGAGAUCCCAGAGACAGGGAUCAGCUUCUAGAAACCGUUCAAUCACUGAAAAACAGAGAUCCAUUACCUUCUGCAGCACUUCUGACAUCUGAAUCCUGGCUUCCCAGUCCUCUGAAAUGUCAAGACUUGAGGGACUGCUCCCCCCCAGCCCUGUACGCACCUCCUCUGAGCUUUUCCCCUCCUCAGAAAGAUGCAAAACCAGAUUUCAAGGACUUGACUUCUGGCCUUUCUCCAUACAGAAAUAAAUGGGACCGAGUGAAAGCCAUACACGACCUAUCCAAGGAGCUUGCAGAAAAGAUUGAGAUGGCAACUAAGAGACUGAGCGCAACAAGCAGUGGUAAAGAUUCUGCUGACAAAAUAUCAGCAGAGACAACCUGGGACCUUUUCAAUGAAUCUUCUGUCCCAGAGCCUGAGACAUCCAAAGAUGAGCAGGAUGGAACAAUGACUGUACAGAUGCUGCUGGGAGCCCCAGGCCAUGAUGAGUUACAUGUGCCAUCAGAUAGGGAAUGUCAUGGACCGAGCAGGAUUUGCCUCGUGGAUAGCAACAAGGGAACAGCAGACCUGGACAGAGAGAAUAAAAUAGGAAGUUCUUUGUCUGGUGGGAGUGCUGUGAGCAAAGAAUUGCCAUGGAUCACCUACGGUAUAAGGCAGAGACAUCCCAGCACUGGGGAGAACAUGAGCAGCACGUUGAAAGGUUUCCCUGUGAAUAAAGGCUCCGAAGUGGACAUGAGCCUAUUGCAUGAAAAGCCAAUAACCAGCCCAGCCUCUCCGUCUCACGGAUUCCUUGCUAGAAGCCCACGGAGAGACCCCGCAGCUCGGAGGUGUGAGGCCGUGCCAGGACUGCAGGAUCGAGGGGCAGCUGCCCAGUGCCAUCCCACCACAGAGAGCCUGAGGACAGCGGGCAGCCACACACUGCAGCCCCAUGGAGCUGAGCAGCACUCCGUUUCUGCAGGUGAGGGAGACCCCAGCUGUGCAGAACUGAAAGAGAAACACAGGAGCCAUCUGGACAAUUUAAGACAAACUUCCCUCUUGCUGGCUCACAGACUGAAGGCCCAUCAGCUCCAGCAGAAGCAGCAGCUGACAGUGCUGAGUGAGAAAGCGAAGCUAGAGCUUCAGGAAAGCCAGAGGUUUUUGACUGACCUGCUUCAGAAUGACUUAAAGCUGUGCAGCAGUUCCAAAGGCAGAUACUCCUCUGUGCCAAAGUUGGACCAUGCAGAGCAAACACGGGCAGGGCACCAGUCCGCAGGUGACAGCACAGCUGGCAGUGAUGAAGAGAUGCAUUUGCUGAAACAACUUCCACUGAAUAUGGAGAGAGAUCACAGCCCAGAGGAUUCCAAAACUGUGGGACAAAGGAAAUCUCUGAGAGGAAGGAGUUCACAUGGCUCAGCCCUUCAUGAAGGAUCUCUGCUGGCAGAGGACACGGAGCCACUGCACGGCCACCAAGGCCUGAACCUGCUGUCACCUCCGGUAGAGCUGCCCCAUGGGGAGCCCUGCACAGAGGAUGGCUCUGGGGAGAGCAGUGACCAGGCCAGCCAGUGGAGUGAUGUCAGCCGGCACUAUGGACGCUCCAGCUCCUUCUGCUGCUUCAGCCUGGCCAUGGCGGAGCAGUGCCUGAGGGGAGAGGAGCUGCGCGCUCGCCACCAGGCCGCCCUCCUCGAGCUUCGCAGGAAAGCUCUUCGGGAUAAAGCCAGAGCGGAGCUGGCCUGGCUGGGCCACCAGAGGCGCUGUCUGGAAAUCCUGCAAGAUACUAAGGGAGCCUCUGCUGUGGCUGAGAAGCAGCGCAAAGUCCUAACAGAGCUGAAACGGGAGCAGGUAGAAAUACAACACCUGCAAAAUAUCUACAGAGCAGCCCAUCAAGAAAGGAAGCUCUUAUUAAAGCAACAAAGAGAAAUCUUAAUGAUGCGACAGUCAACAGCAAAACUCCAGGACGAGCUGCAUCAUCUAACUGGGAAGAAAAAGCUUUCCAGGAGCCCAGCAACUGAAGAAAUAAUUAAGCCAAAGAUGAGACAGAUUUCUAGUGCUAUGUUAGACUCCUCCUUGGCAGAAUCUACAAGGCCCUAUGUGCCUGGGCAUAACCAGAAUUGUGUCCAGCUAAAGAAUAAACAAAGCAAGAAAUAUGAUGGCUUUUCUACCAAGAAUAAGAAAACACUGGUACAGUACCAGGAACUGACAGAGGAGCCCCUGAGUUUGGAGCAGUCCCUUGGUGCACAAGGUCCUGAUGCAUGUGGAACAGUAGCCAAGAAAGUCUGUGAUGCCACCAGUCAAACCACAGGUGUGGUCUUUAUGAUCAAAAAUGCCAUAAACACAUGUGAUGAUACACCAUUCUUAGAAGACCAAGAGGAUGAUUCUGUGACAGUGGAGAAAGCACCCAGGGAGCAGAGAAGUCGCAGAACUUCUAGAGAAGAAGAAGACUCGUGUAGUCCAUUUCAGGCUGGGACAAGGAAGAAAGAUCUUUCUUUUGAUGACCAAGACAGUGAAAAAAGAUCAGCACCAAUUUCAAGUGAAGCUACAGUAAUGAAAACUCAGUUAAGGAAAGAAAGUUCAUUAGAUGAGCCGAGGGGUAACCCAGAUUCUGAAAGAAAAUCACAAAUCAUGCAUGCAGGUGAAAAAGCACCUUCUGAAAUCCUUUUUUCAGAAGAUGUUCCACAUGAAGUGGAAAUGUCUGCCCCCUGUAAGAUCCAUCAGGUGGAUGGCAGUCAGUGUCUGAAGUCUUUGGACCAUAAUUAUCAAGAAACUUCUGAUGAAGAACUACACUUGAAAGCAUUUUCCGAAGGAUUAGCUUCUACUGAGUCAUUGUCCAAGUCAAACAACUUCUCUCCAAGCUCUGAAAACGCCAGAUCUGACUGUUCUCUCCCAGAUUUUCAGAAAGUGUCUGCAGUUUGGAUUGAUGUUUCAGAAUGCUCAAUUUCAGACUUUGAAUUGGAGGUUCAAAAUGGCGAGGACACAGAUGUCAGUAUCCCAGAAGAAUUCCUCUAUGAUGCUUUUCCUAAUACUCCAAAAGAGACACCAUUAGCAAUAGAUUCUGUGAGGAAAACAUUACAUAGUGAUGAACAAAAUGAACAUGGAGUGCCCAAGGAUGACAGCAGCACAGAGAUCUCAUCACACUCUCAGAACUUCAAGAAAUACCCUGCAGAGGCUUCAGCUCCUGGGUGCACUGGUCAUUUGCUAUCUUUCCUUCCAACAGACAAAGCAAAUACCUCCAAAACAAUGCUAUUGAAUUCCUCCCAGUUUGAUAAACCUGCCAAGGGAAUGGAUAAGCCACACUUGGAAGCCUCAGAAAACUUAAAAAAUGCAGCUGCCAGCUCUUUGUGCAGCGAUGAUAUUUACCAACUUCAGAUCUACCAACAGCACAAUCCUAAUUCCAUAACUAACAGUCCAAAAAGGAAUGGUGGAAUUGACAGUUUAUUAGAGGAUCAAAAUCUUCCCCUGAUGGAGUCUUUGAAUCAUCUGAAUUUGUCUGCUAACCAGUUUAGUAGCACUGUCUCUUUUCCACCUGACAAAGACAUUGCAAAUGAUAAAUUAGUAGCAUGUCUAUCGUCCAGAAACGCAGCAGUGCAAAAUAAUCAUGUGCAGCUUUUGAAUGAGAAGGUCAUAUCUGGAAAACUUGAUAAGGUUGUAUCUCUGCCCUUGUCCACACAAGGAAUUCCUCAGGAAGUCCAUACAGAAAUCUGCUCCUCUGUGUCUUUGCAGAGGUUGGUGUCAGGAACUCAUAACAACUCAAAAAAUGACAGGCAGGCCGCAAAGGAAUUGGGGAAUGAACAGUUUUCUUCCAUUACCUCAAAAAAGCAAACGUUUCAAUCUGAGAACUCUUUCAGAAGUGGAGAUGAUACAAUUUUUAUUAGUGAUGAGGGCCUCCCUCCUGCUGAUGAGGAUACCUUGUCAGAAAUACUGUCUCCUGUUGAUGAAGUGUUGUCCUAUGGAAGUGCUGACUUGCCAUCCUCUAAUAGAAAGGAUUUGUCAUUUCCAAGUGAAGAUCUUCCUCCUCCCCCUUUAGGUGAAGAUACAAUGAAAAAUGAUGAUUCUAGCUUCAGUAUGGAUGAUUUCCCAUCUCCACCAGAACAAAUGACAGUCUCAGAGACUGGACAGUGUAUGAAUGAAGAUAUAUUACUGAAAGUGGAUGCAUUCCCCCCAUUACCUGAUAACAUCGUGACUGAAGAAUAUCCUCUGCUCAAUCAAGAGCCAGUUGAUAUCUUUUCAAUUCAGGAACAUAAACUCUCAGAACAAUAUUUAGUCGAAGAAGAUAUUUCCUGUGCAAAGGAUCACUUGUCAGAAUACCAGGAAGGAGAACGUGAGAUGCCAUCACAGUCUUUGGAGCUUCUGCCUGUGCCAAAUCCUCUUUCUUCUAGUCAGGUCAGUGAAAAUCCUGCUUCCACGAUGAAACGAUGCAAAACGUACUUAACGCUGCCCGUAGCUGAGGAGGACAGUGACGACCCAUUAUCAUCAUUUGAAAUUGGGGACAGAGUAUUAGUAAAGCAGACCCAACCUGGAACCCUAAUGUUCAAAGGAGAGACUUGUUUUGACAGCGGCCAUUGGGCUGGUGUUGCACUGGACAAAGCUGAAGGUGAUCAUGCUGGAACUUACAAAGGGGUGAAGUAUUUUGAGUGUGCACAGCACUGUGGUAUCUUUGUCAGACCGGAUGAGAUUUCACACCUCUUGGAGGCUAACAAAAAUGGUUCCAGUUCCACUGGGGAUGAAGACUCAGACUCCUUCUAUGAUGAUGAAUCCUUCAAAAGAGAUUGCAAAUACCCUGAAGUCGGUGGGCAGGGUGCAAGGGUAACAGAGCAGAAAGCUGAAGAUACAAAAAGUGCAGGAGGAUCGGAAGUGCCAGAAAAGCAGUCUAGGUUAUACGUUGCCUUGCAGUCUGGAAAAGGUCAAAAGUUUCUGCAUUCUGACCACUGGAAAUGUGAUGAACAUCAUCAUCAAAACAAUUUAAUGUGCUUGGGAUCAGAUAAAGAAAAAACAGAUCUGAUACAAAUUAAACAAGGGAUGCUUGCGGAUGGGUCUCCAAAGGAAAAGAUUUGCCAUGCAGAUGGGAUAAAUACAAGCAAAAAUGUUUGUUGCUUGGUAGAGGAUCAGAAGAGAAAUAAACUCACUGAUGAUAUCGCAGCUGAACUCAGUAAAAAGCUUCUAUUUGAUGCAUUAAUUGCAUUCACUGAAACAGCUCAACACAAAUAUAAAAGUGCCUUUGAAAAAGAUGUGAUGAAUUAUAUCAAAGGCCUAAAACAAGAAGGCAGUCAGAAACAAUUUCUUAUCAAAGAAAAUCCAGUUGCUAGCUUAACUGAGCAAUCAGCAAAGGUUCUUAAUCUUCUACUGCAUGAUUUCAAUAUGCUUAGCAUUCAUGGUUGUCACACAGUAGCAGAAAGAAUUGUGACUAAAUUUGUACAUGAUGCAGUUAAAGAAUAUAAGAAGAUUAAAAGAAAACAAGGAGUAAAAACAGACAAGAUAUUUCCUUCAUCUUCAGAGACUUCUCCAAUUACUUUGCCUUUCCUUACGAAAAUCCUUGAUGCUGGUGUUUUUGGAAGCUCUAAAGAUUUUGAUCAGCCGAAUUCUGAUGAACGUGCUCUGGAAAGACAAACACAAAAGCAAUACUUGUAUAGGCUGGAUCAGUGGCACUCAGCUCCUUGGAAGAAAACUGAAGAAGUUCCCCUUGUGGUACCACACUAUACUUCGUAUGUUAAAAAUUUGGCUGCAUAUGCAGUGGAAGAAUUAUGGACUCCGGAAAAUGUUUAUUCAAAUUUCACAAGAACCAGUGUGCCAAAGGAUUUGAAGUGCAAUGACUUCCCAGGGAAUGAUUUGGAAACAGAAAGCAAGAGGAUGUAUAAUCAGGUUAUAUUCGAUUUGACUUACGAGCUUCUACGUGCGGAAUAUCAAGUAACUGCAAAUCCAAAUACAUUUCCAUGGUUGAGAGAAAAUUUGAGAUCUUGCUGUUCUAGGUGUCAUUGCAGAAGAACAGAGGUCGAUGAGGCUAAGACAUUUGUUCAGGGUGAAAUUAUUAAAAUAAUGAACCUGGAAAGGAAUGACUUAGAAAGGAAAAGAAAAUUCCUUAAUAUGACCAAGUACACAAACUGUGAGAGAGACAGAGUGGAUCUGAUUCUGAUUCAGGAGCUCCACAAAGAAGAAUCUCAGUGGACUUACUAUGAUGAUGAUGAAUUAACUGUGAAGAUGAACAUGACUGAAGAUAUAUUUGAUAGCUUGAUCCUUGAUACGAUCAGAGUUCUCAACAAGAUUUAUUUGAGAAAAGCCAGUGAUUAGAAGUUUGCCUGAAAGGUGGAGUUUUAAUCCCUGAUUUUUAAGGCAAGAGAUGCGUGAUUAAGAAUUUUAAUUCUGAACUUUACCCAUUACAAGUGUGGCUGAAGCGUUAUGUUCAUGUUUACGAUGAAAGGAUGCAAGUACAAAAAUACUACCUAAAAUAUUCUUCUUAAGUUUUGAGCUUUGGGAAUGCUCAUUAAGUUCAGUACUCUUCUUAGAGUGAUGUUACACAUAAUCUAAGUGGUGAAAAUUUUAUUCUUCUCUGUUUUUUUUAAUCAAGAUAGCACUUUAUUCACCUAUGCAAUUGGAGAGCUCCUUAUGUGUUUAAAAUUGUAUAGGAGUCUAUGAUUAUACAGACAGGGUUCAAAAGCAAUUUAUGUGUAAAUUGUCUUAUUCUUCAUUAUCACGUUCUGGUUGUGAAUGAUGAUUGAUGAAUCACAUUUUAAGAAAAACGUUCAGAAAAUCAAUGCUGUCUGUCUUGAGAACAUCAAGGUGCAGACAGAAUUAAAUCUCACAGGAAGUAAAUUGUUGCCGAUCUCUGUCUCUUGGAAUAAACUCUUCUAAAUUGGAACAGUCUAAAACUUUUCCUGAUCGGCACAGUGCCAUUACAAAGGUGACUGUGUACUAUUUUUUACAGCCUGUGAAUGAUUAUAUUUAAAAUCACAAUAUUUACAGUCAAUUUUUGAUGGGAAAAACUAUUGAAAUGCACUGUGUUUCUAUUUUUAAGUACUGAUGGUUUAACUGUUUUCAUACCGAUUUGUUUUCUGAAUAAACACAAUAAAUCCCAUGUAUUUCAUUUUUACGGAAA